AUGGCUCUAUGCUAUCUUUGGAUCGACUUUUAUCAGUCGAUUAUCAUCCACUCCGAGAUCUGGAAGGCACUUGCCAGGCCUGCCGCCUGGAACCAUUCAGAGGCUACAAACCAAGUCGUAUCCUGGCUUCUGAUGCCAUGGAUGAAAUGGAUACCUACAAAGAUUUGUAUCUACGCGGCCAUUCAACUCUCAUGCUCAACGCUCGCAUUUGUGGAUAUUGGGCUUGGGCUGCUAGGCAAUGAACCCUGGCAGUAUCCCCCUAUAUUUGGAUCAAGCAUCGGUGUGAUGCAAUUGAGCUUCCAAGCAAUAUGGGGAGAAUGGUGGCAUGAUCUGUUUCGGUUCACAUUCCUAGGUAUUGCUGACUGGGUCAUUCGCUCCAGCAAGGCAGAGCGAUGGGAGCACAUUCUUGUUCUUGGCAUCCCGUUCUCUUGCUACGCAGCAAUACACGCCAGCCUCUCAUACGCUGUUUCGCAUGAUGCUCAUGCAAGUGCUUGGGUGAUCAUCUUCGGGGGAAUCCAGCCCCUGGUUAUCCUGGUUCAAGCAAAACUUCGGCUUUCUAUGCACAGCAAGAAAAAGUUGCUCCACGACUUGAUUGGUCUGGCUGUGUUGUUAAACACCUUUGGGCUACUGCUUGGUAACCCUGGCGUUCUCCAUUCCCUCGCUUCUUUUCCUAUUCCAAUUUCGGUAUGGCGCAAGGGUGCAUUUGGGAUGGAUGAGACAAACUUUCAGAAUUAA